AUGCCUUCCACGUUCAGAGCCUCGCGCUCAGGGCGACACCUCGAUGGUGCCCCAAACCGCACCCGAACCGGCCAAAUCGAUCACGAUGUCUUUGAGGGAUUGCCAGUGCGUCGCUGGUCCCGACAACAGCACACUUUCUCUCAAGCGCCUAAACCUGUUGAGUCGGAAUUCGCCGUUCAAGGUCCAGGCGGCGGGCCAACGCUACCAGAGCUCCCCAUGCCAAGAGACAGCCAGCUCCUACCGCCAAUCAGUCGCGCACUCCUUCGAGCAGCCCGUGCUGGAUGUAUCCAUAUCCUCCAAGGUAGUCGAACAGAGGAUGAGGAUAAAAGCGGAGAAGAUGCGGAUGAUUCGGCCUCCGCAUCUCAUGUGGCUGAUCGGAGCUUCACAACUCGCAAAUGGAUGACGCUUCCCAAGCACCUCGAGCCUGCGGAGGUGGAGUUUCUGGCAAAGAGGCGACCUGGUCUUUCAUCUCUUUAUGGCACCGUUACUACUAUAGAUGGAAGCUCCGGGCCCAUGAGGAGAACAAAAUUCAAGAAAGUUGAUCCCCAAACAGGCAACAUCUCUAUCUACGAGGCGUGGGUGCCUGAGGGCCAUCGCAUUGAAGGAGAGAUUACUGGCGACUUACAGACAUUUGCCGAGCAGAGCAAUGUGCCUGUGAAGCCCGAGGCGCCUGCACCUGGAACAAUCGUCGAGGGGGUCGGCAUUGUCAAUGCUGAGGGUGUUGUUGUUGCGGAGGCUGGAUCAGCAGCUGUAAUGACUCCUCCAAAACGACGUCCACCUCCACCUAAGCGAAAGGGCAAGGGUAUUGGAAGGGGCCGGAAGAAGAAGGUCAUGUUUGCGCCUGGCGAAGGGUCUGAUGCCGCGACAGUACAUGGAGCUGGCCCCUCUCAUGGCAAUGGGGAGGGUGACUACAAGAGAGAAGGUCAGCAGGAUGCUUCACGUAUGUCCAUUGACCAGGCUGGUCAAGAUGAAGACGAUGAAGAUGGUGACGAGGGAGAUGACAGCGAUGACGGUGAUGAUUCGAUGAUGGAUGCGAAGACCCCUGAUACACCCCAGCCUCUGUCUGGCGCUGAGUUUGUGAAUCAGCCUUCAUUCGAGACUCCUGCCAAGCAAUCGGUUGAUGUCGACAUGUCUGAUGUUGUUCCCGAAAACCGGCCCCAUGCCCCUGAAAUUCCUUCAUUAAGCGAAAAGGACGAGCAAAACCAGCCCGAAAACACCUCGGAGGUGGAUUUCGGUGCCCUGACUUCCAAUGUUCCCUCAGAGAAGGCGGAGGUCAACGCUUCCGAUGAGAAGCCUGUCAUUUCGGAGCAUGACAAGACUCCCACUUCUCCCACCACAACUGCCGCAACGACAAGUGAAUCUACCGAGCUCCCAGCUGCAGUUGCCGAAGCUCAAAGUUCAGAUAUCAAGGUGGAAGGAGGAGAAGAAGCCACAGAGCCGACGGCUGACCUUGCACCAAAGGAGGAACCUCCUCUUUCAAACCAACAGGAAAUUGCGACUACCGUGCCACCUGUUGACCCCGAAAUUCCCUCGGAACCCCCAGUAGCACGACCUUCGACCCAAUUGCAGACACUUGAGCAUACAGAAACCGAGCAGACGGCAGUAUCGAACAAUGCCUUGGAUGAGGCUCAGGAACCUCAACAGAUCCCAGACGAGUCCGUUUCCAAUACCGACACACAAGAAACGCUCUCGAUAGCUCCUGAUCGUGAACAACCGAACACCUGCGAUGCUUUCGGGCCCAGUCUACACCCAGACGAAACAAAAGACGUCGCGAUGGGAGAUGCCCCGUCACCAGAACAAAGCCAAGGGCUCAAUGCCCAGUCUCUCGCGAACCCAGAAGUACCUGAAGCGCCAGAGACCGAAGAGCAUCCACAGUCCAAGCCCACUGCAGCAGAGCCCACUGCAGCCAUUACCGCAGACUUCAGUCUAUUGAAGAGAUCAACGCCUGCCGUAGACGAAGAGUCAGAAACAGCAACCGAAACAAGUGUUCGUGAUGAAACUCUUGCCACCAAAGCAGGGCUGCAGGAAGAUUCUCGAUCUGGCGAAGCUAAGGAAGCCCAUGACGAACUUGAGAAACUACCUACGAUCCCACAGGCUGGUUCGUCUGAGUCUACAUGA